CUGAAUAUUUACAAGUGCGUUCAUGUGUUCGUGGACUGAAAGCUGGGAGUGGUGAGAAACUACGAACCUCACCUGAGUUGGCAGUUCUUACUUGUCGACUGGAGAGUACUGACAUGAACUGAAGGUGUCUGGAGACAACACAUGAACACAGCUCAGACACGGUGAGCACGUACACCAGUAUGACUGAACAUUUAAGAGAGAGAUAUAAUGGCUCCUCUCCACCAGACCUGAGAAUGGUUCUUUUGGGGAACAUAGGAUGUGGAAAGACGACAUCAGCAGACACCAUCCUGAACCAGCUGUCCCCCAUCUCUCCCAGCGCCUCCCGCACCUGCCAACUGCGACAGGGAUUCACAGAGGGCAGGAAUGUGACCCUGGUGGAGGCACCAAGAUGGUAUUGGAAUGGUGGCAAGAUAGAGAACAGCGUUAGGAAGGAGACAGAGCGAGCAAUGACUCUGGCACCAAGCCCACAUGUUGUUUUGCUGCUGGUGCCUGUUUACCAGUUCACAGAGAUAGAGGGUCAUGUGCCUGCAAUGUUAAAGGAGGUGUUUGGGAAGGAGGUGCUAGAUCACACUCUGGUCUUGUUGACCUGCGGGGAUUACUUGAUGGGAAAAACAGUGGAGGAAUACCUACAGAAAGAACACCCAGGCCUUAGGGAGAUGAUUGAGUGUUGUGGCGGGAGAUACCAUGUCUUCAAUAAUCGUCAGAGACAGGACAGGGAGCAGGUCCGUACGCUGCUGGAGAAGGUGGACAGCAUGGUGCAGACAAAUGGGGUAUACUUCAUGAAAACAGUCCAGGAGAGAGAGCUGGAGAAACGGGUGGAAGAACGAAAGCGAGAACUUAUGGAAAGUUACAGAAUGCAGAAAGAAGAGAAGAGAAGGACUGUAGUGGAUUCAAACAGUUUAGAGAGGAGGGUUAGAAAAGAAGAAAGAGAUGAAAGUGUGAGUGUGAGUCAAGUGUCUAACGGGCUUCAUUCAGCUGCACCAGAGUCGUAUUCAGAGCCACCUGGUGACAUAUUGAACAGUACAUCCAGCUUCAAACUGAACACAGAUGGAGCUAUACUCUCACAAAUUUCUGAAAGGAAAUCAACUCCGAAAGUCAUCUCCACUUUUCACCACAGAAUCAACAGCUUUGAAGAGAACUCACCUGAGGUGUCUCCUACAGCUUCUCCACCUUCACCCAUCUCCUCCUCCUCCCUCUCCUCGCCAACCUUUGCCCCUUCUCCUUCUUCCUCAGCACACUCCUCACCGCCCUCAUCUUCCUUAAGCUAUCCAGAGGUUCGUUUGGUGUUACUUGGGCGAUCUGGAGCAGGGAAGAGUGCAGCUGGCAACGUCAUACUGGGGAAAGAAGCAUUUUACUCACAUCCAGACAGUCUCACAGCAAUCACCCAGGAGUGUGAGAAAAAGAAGGCGCUGGUUGAAGGAAAAUGGGUGGCAGUGGUGGAUACCCCUGACUGGUUCAAUACAGAGCACACUCCAGAAGAAGUGCGGGCUCAAAUCUCGUCCUGCGUUGCUUUGUCCAGUCCUGGCCCCCACGUCUUCCUCCUGUGCGUUCCCCUAGAUCAGCCUGCAAAGACUGAGCUGCAGGCUCUCAGAGCAGUGGAGACUGUUUUUGGUCCAGAAGCAGUCCAGAGUCAUACAUUAGUCCUCUUUACAUACGCAGAUCGAUUGAGGGCAAGUGGGAAGGCAGGAAGCACUAGUGUGGAGGCAUACAUUGCUAAUCAGCGGGCAGAUCUGUUGAAGCUUGUGGAGAAAUGUGGGGACAGGUUUCAUGUGAUGGAGACUGGAAGAGAUGGGGUAGGGAAGAGAAAUGUGGCAGAGCUUUUAGAGAAGGUGGAGCAGACAGUGAAGGAAGCUGGAGGACAGUGUUAUUCUUCCCCUGCUUUUCAGGAGGCGGAGAACAGAGUGAGGCAGAGACAGAUGGAGAUAGCAAAGGAGAGAAGGGGCAAAACUUCAGAACAAGAAACAGAUGGAUAUGUUGGACAGCUCAGGUCUGAAAGGCGCGUGCAGUCUCACUACAUGCAGCAUGUGGCUGAGGAAGAAGAGGAAGUGGGAGAGGAGGAGAUUGAGAAAACAAGGGAUGAGGCAGAGAUGAGUGUAAGCGCCAUGAAUAUUGAAAGCCUUCCUCCUAUCACACUUUCUAGCAUGUCCCCUUCGCUUCUUCGUUCCAUGAUGGAGAAAAUGGAGGCUAGUGCAAAGAAGUUACCCAAACUGUUGGCCGAUAGCUCUGUGUGGGUUGAAGAGGGAGCAAAGAAGAUGAAAAGCAGUCAAGUGUGGGGAACAGUCGGCAGUGGUGCACAAAAUGUCCAGAAGAUGGUGGUUGAUAGUUCUGCAUGGGGGAAGCUGGGCGCUACUGCAGGACAUGUCUCUAAAGCGAUAGGAGAUAGAGUUCCCAAGGUAGUGGUGGAUGGUUCUGCAUGGGUGGGAUCUGGAGCAAAAGCAGCAGCAGCAAGUCCAUUAUGGGAAAAGGUCGGUUCAGGGGCCAAACUAGUAGCAGACGGUUCCAUGCGUGUCGGAGCUGGGAUUGGAGCCGGAACAAAGAAUUUGGCGCAGAGCUCUGUGUGGGGAAAAGUAGGUUCUGGAGCCAAAACUGGCGCAAAACUGGUGGCAAACAGUUCAGUGAAAGUUGGCUCUGGAAUUGGUGCUGGUGCAAAGAAGGUGGCACAGAGUCCAGUGUGGGGUAAAGUGGGUUCUGGGGCCAAAGCAGGGGCCAAAAUGGUAACAGACAGUUCUGUGUGGGAGAAAAUUGGAACCACUGCCAAAAAGGUACCCAUGGUAGUUAUCGGGGGGGCAGUGCUGGGUCUGAUGCUUGGUGUCUUUUUAGGGGGAGUGAUUGGCGGGGCUGUCGGGGCAGCCGCUGGAUCUGCAGUGACUGAGGUGGGCAGAAGAAGAUUUGGCAACAAAAGCACUUUAGAAAAAACAAACGAUGUUGCAAGAAACGUCGAGAGAACAGUUGACAACAGCAUUGACUCAGUGCUGAAACAAGGACAGAAAGCUUUGAAAACUGAUUGAAGAACUGUAUAGAUCAUGUACAGAAAAUGUAUAAAAAUGUUAAAAGUUUUGUGUCUUGUGAAUCAAUACUGUUAUAAUAUAUAAAGAGCUAGAAAAUUAAAAUAAUUGAGACAUUUUCUAAAUAUAUUUUGAACUCAACUUAACUGCACUUGUUCACUCAGAUGAAACAUAUUCACAAAGUAUUCCACCCACUUUCUACAAGGAAAUAUUACAAUGUAGUUAUUACUUACUUAUGUUCUAAUGUAAAAUUUGAAAUAAUGGAAAACUCAUACAACGCUCCAAUCACUCUGUAUGUUACGCUUAAUACUGCAAUUUUCUGUGCCUCAUUAAAGACAUUUGCUAUAAAGUCAAUGCA